AUGGAUGUCCGCUCUCUUUGCUGGAAUGUUGGAGGAUUGUCGGGGUCUUGCUUUCAGGAGCUCGUUGCAUGGCUCGAUGUUGAGGGAGGUUGCUAUGAUGUUAUCAUUCUGCAAGAGACGCACUGGCGAGCCAGUAGCGACUUCCGAAGUGGACAGUGGAUGUGCGUUCACAGCUCUGGGUAUGACUCUGAGCUCAGUCUUGAUCGAUAUGGAGGGAUACUCAUCAUGAUUAAUCAGGAUGCCUUUCAAGAGCCCGCAGCCCAUGAAAUCUAUCCGGGUAGACUGCUGCACGUCCGUGCUCUCCAUCGCCGGAGCCGCCUUAAUGUUGACAUCAUAGGAAUCUACCAGCAUGUUUAUAGGCCUCAACUCACCCCAGACCUCAAUCAGCAGUAUCGUAGCGAUGUCUGGACUAAGCUCUCGACCGCACUGCAAGCGUUGCCGAGCAGAAAUCCUCUGCUGCUUGGAGGUGACUUCAACUCCCAGCUUGCUGCGCGCCGGCCACAUGUCGGCUGCUCUCUGCUGUCGGGAGACGGACAGCAAGGCGACAAGCAACUGCAUAAACUGCUUGAGAAGUGUGAUCUUUGUGUCCUAAACAGUUGGCAUGCCAAGCCAGGCCACACGUAUGAGUCCACUACCAGCCGAACCCGCAUUGAUUUUGUCGUGACCAAGCUAUCGGAUGCAAAGGGCCCAGCCCGGUAUGCAAAGCCAAAGUACAAUUUCCCCAUCAAAGCAUACAGCUUGGCUGGCCACUGGCCCAUUGAGGCCACCAUUGCUGUUGUGCCUUUUAACCGCCGGCCGCCUGCCAAACCAGCUGAUUGUGUCACCUUUCAGAGAGACGAACUUCUUGUGCACACGCGCACCAACAGUGAGCGAGCCCAGGCCUUGCAACAAGACGUGGCAAGCCGCCUUGCUCAGGUCCAGCCCUCGAGCCUUCAGGAUGCCCGUGCCAUCGUGAACCAAGUCCUGCUUGAAACUGCAGCUGUGCACUUCCCGCCAGAAAUAAGACCUGAUAGCAGAAUCAGCGCGCAGGAUUCCUUCCGGGCCUCUGCCAAAACCACUUGGCAAUUCUACAGAGCACUCAAGGCGCCCUGCAUUGCAGUCACGCAUGGCAUCUUUCUUAAGUGGAAGGCAGCCAGUGACUUUUCCAAGGCCUCCAGGCGUCUACGGGAUCAAAGCCGGCUGCUCAAACGUGAGUCGCUGCUACGCAAGCUUGCCGAAGCAGAACAAGCAGCCGCCAAGGGAGACCAGCGUGUGCUCCACCAAAUUGUGCGAGGCUUGGCUCCGCGAUGCCAGAAGCUUGUGUCCAGACUGCGUGACCCACAAGGUCAACUUCUGGGCAAAGACGCGGCUCUGCAAGCCAUGCUCAACUAUGCCAAGGACACUUUCUGCAUACUGCCGGAUGAGCCAGACAUCCCUGCCAUGCAGGACAGCUGGCAAUGCACUGACCAGGAUGUGCAACGAGAGCUACAGAAGCUCGGCGUGUUCAAGGCAGUUCCGGCUGGUAUUGCGCCAGCCGCUCUGUGGCGAUGCUGUGCAGGAGCCAUCGCGCCGGUGCUGGGGAACUCCCUCCGACACCACUUCCAGGCUGGCAGUACACAGUGUCUGCAGGAUGAGCUACAUGAUGCUUAUAUCACCCUAGUCCCCAAACCACAAAAGCCAGCAAUCGCUGUCGAGAACUUAAGACCGAUAGGGUUGCAAUGUCCCAGCGCUAAGCUCAUAGCCGGGUUGCUGCGACAAUCCUUGCUUGAAGUGCUGCUCCCUCUGAUCACAAACCUUCCUCAAUACGCGUACGCAAAGCAUCGGGGGACUUUCGACGCUCUCCUCCGGGUACAUCUACACUUUGAGGACGCUAGUGUUCUUCUUCGCACCAAUCGUGUUAACCGAUUCCAGCAGCAUUCUGGACGCAAACAACAUGCGUGCGUUGGGGGGUUAAGUCUGUCGCUGGACCUGUCUCGGGCCUAUGACCUCACCAGCAGGCCCAUUGUGUACGGAACAUUGGCGCAGCAUGGAGUGACACAAGACACAAUCACAAUCAUUAAGCAGCUUCAUCGGGAUGCCCAAUACAUCUUUCGUUCAGGGGAUACCACUGGGGGACAGCCCACCACGAAUGGGCUGAAACAGGGAUGUUGCAUCGCUCCCUUUCUCUGGUCCUUUUACACGAUUGCGCUGAUGCACGCGUUACAGGACAAGCUUGGUCCACAAUGGCUCCAGAAAACCCUUGUCUUGUUCGCCGACGAUCACUGGUGUCAUUGGCUUGUCAAGAACAAGAAGGAUUGGGACGAUGCCAUAAAUGAGCUUGUUGUUGUGCUUGAGACCCUUACCACCUUCAAAAUGUCCAUAAACUAUCGGAAAACUGCCAUACUGGUAAGACUUGAAGGCAAACAAGCUAAGGCGAUCUUGCAUGAACACACUCGCCUCAAGAAUGGUGUCAGGCAUCUUGUCAUCACUGUUCACGGCGAGGAACAGCUCAUCCCCGUCAAAGAUGAACAUGAAUAUUUAGGCACCAAAGUCACUUACCAGCACCGACUUGACAAAAAUCUUGCGCAUCGUGUACAGGCUGGCCAGGCCAAGUACAUUGCCCUGCGCAAGCCCUUGAAUGGUAAACACCAUUUAACCAUUCAUCACCGGACUCGGCUUUGGUUGGCGUGUGUGUCCACUAGUAUGCUUUACUCGCUGUCAGCAGUGGGCAUUACCAAGCACGGCCUUGAGCGCCUCACUAAAGCCUGCACUAAGCACUUGAGAGCCAUUCAAAAGCAGCCAGCGCACGUCACACACAUUCCCAAUCGCGACAUUUGGACCCAGGCGGGCCUUGACAUGCCUGGCAGCCUGCUGUUGACGGCGCUUCAGCGCUUUCAGCAGAAUCUGCUGACCAAGGCCGUUGCUUCCCCUGACAUCACCACGCAGGAGUGCAUUUUGGCGCAUGUGCAGCAACUUGUUGCCUCCUUACAGGCUCUGAUUGCGCAGCACGCGGAGCAUGAUGAUGCCCCGCCUGAGCCUGAAACUCCGCAGAUACCAUGCCCAGAGUGUGAUGCCAUGUUCGUCACUGAGAAUGCCAUGAGAAUCCACUGUCAGGUGGCCCACAAGCUUCUGCCACCACGUGCUGCCAGCACACCUGUCAAGUUUGUGCCCCGAAUUCACGCGUGCGGCGGCCUUCCUCGCUGCCAGCUUUGCCUGAGGUCCUUCUACCGAUGGCAAAACCUUCGGGUGCAUAUAGAAAGCGGUGCUUGUGAGAAGCUCGGAGGAGAAAGCCUGAGCAAACAUCCCGUAUCUGCCACUGAUGCCCAGGUCGCGGACAAUCAGCUGCCUGUGCCGGCUGUAGCCCCGGCUGACGCAGCGACUGGCACGCAACAAAACGUGCCUUUGAUUGAUCGUGCCCUUUUUCGCAACAGACAGCAUGAUUGGGAGAGUCUUCUCAGAGAGCCUCAACUGCGCAUUGACCUGCAGACUCAUUGCAGCCUGUGUCACAUGACCGAUGCAGCGGGACUGAAUCCGGAGGCGGACAUCUUCGCCUUUUGCGAUCCUUCACUGCUGCAGCGAGCCGCAGCGGAGACCUUGCAGGAAGAACUGUCGGAGCCCUCGGAGACGAGUCAACCCCCCAAACGCCCUCGACCCGAGCCCAGUCCACUGUUUGGUCAGCGUGGCAAGCAGCAGCCUCUUCGCCAGGCGCCAUUUGCUCCGAGGGGCCCCCGUUGGCCGAAACAGCAGCCACCAAUGGACCCGCAGAGUCGAGCAAUGGCCAAGCUCAUGCUGCAGCACGAGGAGAUGCUUGCAGCCCAACGGGUGGACAAAGUGUUCAUCAUGUUUAUGAGGCAGGACUAUGCCAGCAUCAUCCCGAACCUGCAUUCCAUCUCCGAGCAAUGGCACAAGCGGCGCCAGGACAACAGCUCCACAUCGGAGCUUCAAUCCCCGCUGAGAACAUUGCUGAUGGCGUGCUUGAUCAAGGAGAUCCUGGCCAGGAUUCAGAAAAUGGCCUCCACCAGCGAAGGCCAGGGCAAGUUGAAGGCAGCAGGAUGGAUGAACGAGACGGGGGGCUGGACGUUCCUGCGCUACUGUCACCGAAGCAAGAAAAUGGUCCUAGAUGCAAGCCGCGAAAGCAUGAGUCAUCAAGAAAUUGUGCGCCAAUACACAUUUCUGUUGGAGCACAUGAAGGGAGAGAUAGUGCAGAAGUUCAACAGUACGCAGUCACUGAAAAGCCUGGAAGCGAACGCGAGCUACAAACCCCCAGCCACUUUCGUCCUCGAAAUUUCCCUACGGGGAGAGAAAGCCAACGAGAUGCACGAGACAAUGUGCACGUUGAUUGGAAGCUCGGCCUGGCAGCUUGUGGGCAUCUCCCUGAAACGGGGAACACUCAAGAAGUCUCCCCUAGCGGAGCAGUUGGCUCAGUGGGUGUACGGUCUCUCCAAGGGGUAUGGCAGGGACGCAGACAGGAAAGGCAGGAUACGCAAAACAGCACAGUGGUAUGACAUUCCCCGCGAGUUGGAAGUGCCGCUUUUCCUUGCAGAUCAGAUCAAGCGACUGAUCUGCGACCAGAAAGCGUACUACUACCGUCAGAGCCAGAAGUCAGCUCGCAACCAGUACGCUCGGGUCCUGCCUCGCAUCAUCAAUCUGGAAACCGUGGACUGCUAUCUCCUUGCGCAGCUUCAGUUCUUGGCCCGGCGCGUUCACAAGGAAUAUGUUUGCGUUUGCGGCGGCUGGCUCGCGCCGUCUCCGCGCUGGCUCCUGGCACCGCUUUUGGAGGAGCAAGAUGGUAGCGACGCGCGCAGCGUCGUCAGCGAACGAGGUCGACUCUCCAAGACGGAGAUCACAAGCGCGUGCCACUUCUCCUCUCGCGCCGCGCGCUACAGCUUCGCGGAGAUCACUCUUCACACGGGUCGCCGGCACCAGAUCCGGGCGCACUUGUCUCACGAGGGGCACCCUUUGCUUGGAGAUGUGAGCUAUGGAGGCGAAGCAGUUUCCUGGUGCCCGCGCGUGUUUCUGCACGCACAAAGGUUAGCUCUGGCUGUCGGCAGCACCGGCGUCGAUGCCUGCAGCGCCCUACCGGAAGAUCUUUCGGCCUCCUUGUCAUCACUGGCACCACUGGAUGCGAGGUCGCUCGCGCAGCUCCGCAAGAUGCAGGAGUUGGCGCAUGCGGACGAGGAGAACGGCCCGGCGCUGACGAGGAUCGGUGUGCUCAUUAUUGUCUAUAUUGGACCUGCGCUGCCAUUGCUGUUUCUCGGUUCCGCAUUGCUCAAUCUACUUCGCCUAGCCUCAGGACAGAACGACCGCAAGCCGACGGGCAGAGCACGCCCAGUGGAAGGCCGCUUUGUGUCGGAAUUCUCCACCAUGGUAACUAACCAGCAGGCAUAUGGGGCACUUGUGGCCUCUCUGGCAAUCAAUGUACGCAAGCUCAAGACGGGUAUUCUUGCUGCCGAGACCAGGGCGUGCGCGGAGAAAGCCGAAAUGCAGGCGGCCUUGGAGGCGGCGCAGGAGAAGGUGUCUCGGCUGAUGUCGACAAUGCCUUCUCCGCGGGAGGGUCGCAGAACGGAUGCAGAGACAUCGCAGCUGGAAGAUGAGGCGUCACGCCUGCGACAGGAGACCGUCGCUGCGGAACGUCGAGCCGCAGCCCUGAGACGCGAGGUGGAGACGGAGCAAGCGCAAGCUCGGCAAGAGGCGUCAAGGCAGAGCAGCGCCAUGGAGGAGGAGGUGCGUCUUCUCCUUCGACGGAGGGAGGUGGAGCAAGAGCUGAAAGUGGCACAGCAGGCGCAGCUCCGGAGCCUCCGUGACACCAUUGUGGCCGUGAGGCAGCAGAUUAACCAGGCCACACGGGAGAACACGGAGCUGCGAGCUGUGCUCACGACCAACCGUGAGGUUCUUCACCGGCUAUGCCUCAAACACCAGAGACACGCCAGAGAAGCCACAGCAACCAUGAACCGCGUCCAGCGACUGGCAGCCCAUGUCUUGCCCGGCACAGAGGAGGCCUCCGGUCCGCUUGCUACAUCCGCCUGCGCCGCCACAGCGCCCAAGAAGGUCUGGUAUGCACCAUACAAGUUCGAGGCGUAUGGCGAGGAGGAGAUUGCAGCUGUGACUGCGGCUCUCCGUGACGGAUGGCUGGCGCCUGGUCCCCGCACCGAAGAGUUCGAGCGCCGCGUUUGCCAACUGUUCGGCAAGGCGCAUGGCAUCAUGGUGAACUCGGGAAGCUCUGGAAACAUUAUUGGGCUGGCAGCUCUGGGCCUUGAGAAAGGGGCCGAGGUGAUCACCCCCGCGUGCACCUUCGCCACCGUCAUCGCGCCUUUGGAGCAGCUGGGGCUGAAGCCCGUGUUCAUCGACGUCGUACCAAACCGGUACGUGCCCUCCGUGGCAGUCUUGCGGAAUUAA